AUGUCUGAAAAAUUAGAUAACGAUAAAAUUAUAAAUGCAAUUAAAAAUCAGAAUGAGAUCGUUUUUCGUUCAAUUGAAGUGCUAAAGGUAUAUGAAUCAUAUAAAAACAAAAACAUUUUUAAUGCUAUUGUUGAAUUAGAUAGUACUGCAUUUGCUAAAAUAAUGAAAGAGCGUACAAUUAAUGUGGAUUGGGAUGGAUGCAUUGCUUAUGAGAAUUUUAACGUAAUGAGUCUGGUCUACAACAAACUUGACUCAGACAACCUAUACAAAUUAAGAGCUGUAAUGAACUGUCUGCGAUCACGCGAGACAGCCGAAGCCUUCGCCGCUCAGCUCUCUAGCCGAUUAAACAACCAACCCUCCCGUUCCGAUAAUGCCGGUAGACAGUGGGGACAUAUCUCUCACUCCCUACGCACAACAGCGGAAGAUGUCCUUGGUUUCCAACGUCCCCCACGGCGAAACCAAUGGUACGACGAAGAGUGUCGCCAAGCUACUGCUGCGAAGAACGCGGCCUAUAAAAGGACCCUGCAGUCAGCAGCAACGCGAACCGUGCAUGAACAAUAUCGGGAGAUGAGGAAGGUAGAGCGGUGCCUAUUCAGACGGAAGAAACGAGAUCAAGAAAGGCGCGAGCGAGAGGAAAUCGAGGUGUGUAGAAAUAGGAAUGAUGCCCGUAAAUUUUAUCAAAAAGUCAACCGUCUGACUCAAGGCUUUAAGCCUGGUGCAUCAACCUGUAAGGACGAAAAUGGUAAUCUGGUUACAGAUACGCAGAAUGUACUGAAAGUAUGGAAGGAGCAUUUCUCCAAACUGCUAUCUGGCGAUGAUAACAUCAACUCUGCCAUUGAAGAAAUGCCCUCUGUAUCCCCAAUCGAAAAUGAUGAUGUUGAAAUUCCACCACCUAGCCAUAACGAAGUGCGUGUUGCUAUACAGCGACUUAAGAACAACAAAGCGGCAGGCGCAGAUGGCCUGCCUGCUGAAUUGUUCAAGGCCGGCGGCGAUAUGCUGAUAAGGUGCAUGCAUCAGCUUAUCUGCAGAAUAUGGUUAGAUGAAAGUCGUAAUUUAAUCAAGCCACUAACCACUUAA